AUGGGUGUAUAUAACUCCAUUAUUAAAGAAAUGCUACAUCCUGCAAUCGAAAAUGAAGAAAAUAUGAAGACCAUUUUUAAUAAAACAUUUACUUUGGUAUCAGAGUUUAUUAGUGAAAUUUUGAAUAAUGAAAUGCCAAAUUUUACAAUUAACUCACCAGAUGAGAGAUCUUUCACUGGUGUCAACAAAAUUAAUAUCAAAAUUGAUAUGAAUGAUGAAACGAGGCUUUUAUUAUCUCAACAUAUUAAACAGCUUCAGGAUUUUCGACAAAACCAACAAAUCGGGUAUGAAUUUUCCACUCAACAGCAACACGAAGAACCACAAUUUAGAAUGCAGCAAUCUAACAACAGAUAUGCGCAAGUUCAAAGCGUAGGAACGUACAACACGAACAACUGGCCUAGGGUAUGCAAAUACUAUUAA